GCGCGCGGUUGCUCUUAUCGGCGAGAGCAGCUGCCAGGAAGCGGAACGAAUGAAGUUCAUUUUUCACUGUUGGUGAUGGCGGAUGUUGUCGAAAUAGAGACUACGAAGAAUUAUAACAUAGCUGUUGAGAGGAUAGAUCCAAUUACAAGUCGCUAUCCUUACUGUAUUGUCUGGACGCCUAUACCUGUUCUAUCAUGGCUCCUGCCAUUCAUAGGCCACAUUGGAAUCUGCACCUCAGUCGGCGUGAUCCGAGACUUUGCAGGGCCCUACUUUGUCUCAGAGGACAACAUGGCCUUCGGAAGACCCACUAAGUACUGGAUGCUUGACAUAAGCAAAGUCUAUGCCAGUGGUUCCAAUGCCUGGGACACAGCAGUACAUGAUGCCUCUGAGGAGUACAAACACAGAAUGCACAACCUUUGCUGUGACAACUGUCACUCACAUGUCGCCAUGGCGCUGAACCUGAUGCGCUACGACAACAGCACCUCGUGGAACAUGAUCAAUGUUUGCCUGCUCGCCCUCAUCCACGGAAAGCAUGUCAGCUGUGCUGGGUUUUUGAAGACUUGGCUGCCCUUCCUCAUCCUCUUCAGCGCGAUCCUGGCCGUGGCGCUCACUCUCAACCUGCGCUGAUGGACCUGAAGCACACUGAGACGUGAGCCGAGGAGAGGACGGGCUCAUGGAGGCGACAGGGCGAACCGAGAGGGGAGUCUCGGCCCUCCUUCAUGGCGAGCAGUGGAAAGGAAAAGGGUGUGGAUGGGUUUUUAAGGCCUCGUACCCACGGCUCGCUAUUUGAAGUAAAAGAGAAAAAAAUCAAAUAAAUUACAUAACAGUUUUCUCACCCCCUACACUUGAGUGUAAUGACACGAGGCUAACGUUACUAUUAGCCUCGCAUAUACUGUAACUUCACCACAGAGUACAGAGACAUGGCCGACGCCACUGAAACGCAGUCAGUACAGCUAAGCGCGUUCGAGAAUUCAACUCAAUGACUUGCUUGAAUUUCAGAGGCUCCGGUUAGUAGCUACCUUCUUUGGAGGUUUCUAUCCCUUCUGUUGCUUUGGUACAGGAGGAGGGCCUAGGCCUUUUACAAAGUGGUUGUCUGUUUUUAAUAAUGUUCAAUAAUGUUUAAUGUUCAGUUUCUCAUGUUUGCCUUGUGAGAUUGUCGCGUUUUUGCUUGGUUUGAUGCGGCUCUUCCCCUAUUCAGUGCUGCAGAUUGGCAUGGCUUUAGCUUUUUUUAAUUUGAUUUGUUGGUGUGCGUGUUAAGUUCUUUUGCCGCAUUAGUGAAUGUGAACACUACAACUAGCAGCGAGCAGCUAGCAUACCCCCACGCUGUUAAAUAUUUUCAAAUGCUUUCUAGCUUACAUCGCCUCGUUUGCUUUUAUAUGAAACACAGACUAGUUUCUGGAUUUUCUAAAGAAACCUCUGUGCUCUGACUGUGUUAAAUUCUGUUUGGUACAAUAGUAACCGGUAACUAUUAGGAGCUGAAGCCGUGGCUUUUGAUGGAAGUGUGCAUGAUGUGCUUUGAGUGUGUCAAGUCUGUUUGUUGUCUUCCAGCGUUUCUGAAUGUGAGAGUAGGAAUCAAAGAGUCCAAGUGGGAAUAGAUGGCUUUAAUCCAUCAGCAGGCGUUGCCCCAAUUGCCCCCUUCCCAAAAGAAAGCGACAUUGAUGUCUGUCUAUGGGGAGUACGCAGAGGAUGACAUGGUCCAGGGCUUUUUUUUGCGGUGAUUGAAUUCUCAUUCUCCUCAACUCUAUAACUAUAUCCCGACUUUAUAAAAGACGCAUUGACCCCUUUCUUCAUCAGCUGUGUUUUUUCCCUCUUUUACUCCUUCUCCUCAUUUCUUACCUCUUUCAUCCCCUGAUCCAUGAAACUAAUGAAUGCAGUCAGUGCCUAGGCCAGGGGUAGAAAAAACAAAGUCUGCUUUUCCCUCCAUGUUCAAUGUAUCCACAUGGUUCCAGGAUUAGGAAUAACAGUCUGUGCCCCAAUGAACUCCAAACUCAAUGGCUGUCUCUACAGCAGGUUUUAUUUUUUGGUUUUUGGUUUUGCUCUCUCGCGGCAUUCUGUGUAGGACACUGACAAUGAUGUCAAUCUUCAUUUGUUUACCCUUCUUUUUUUUAGCCUCGAUGGACUGUACAUAUUAACUUUCCAUUUAGUUCCAAACACCAGUUGAACUCGCUGUAAUCCUGCACGAUUGCCAGGACACCAAACCCGUUGCCAUGGCUUCAGUGGCAGAAUCAAAUCCCCCCUUUGUUUGGAAUCAAACAAAAAAAGCACUGCCCCCCACACCCCACCCCCCCCC